GCCUUCCCUCUCCGAAUCUCCAAUCCGAUAAGCCAAGCCAAAGCCCCAUCAUGGCGUGCCCGCCGGCCGUGUCCGCCCCCUCCGCGCUCGCGCCGGCUCCGACCGGCACCCGUCUCGGCUCCUCGACGGCGGCGCGGCGCGGCGCGCUCUCCCUCCGCCCCGCCCGCGCUCUCCCCGCGCUGAGUCUCGGCCUCGGCGGCCGCCGCGGCGCCGUCGUCGUCCGCGCCGCCGCGGCGGAGGGGGCCGUGGAGCUGCAGGCCAAGGUGACCAGCAAGUGCUUCUUCGACGUGGAGGUCGGCGGGGAGCCCGCGGGCCGCAUCGUCAUCGGGCUCUUCGGGGAGGUCGUCCCCGCGACAGCGGAAAACUUCCGUGCCCUCUGCACUGGUGAGAAAGGUUACGGCUACAAGGGCUGCUCCUUCCACCGGAUCAUCAAGGACUUCAUGAUCCAGGGUGGCGACUUCCAGGAGAACAAUGGUACUGGUGGCAGAAGUAUUUAUGGUGAAUGCUUUGACGAUGAAAAUUUUACAUUGAAGCAUGUUGGCCCUGGUGUACUAAGCAUGGCAAAUGCUGGUCCUGACACAAACGGAAGUCAGUUUUUCAUUUGCACUGUGAAGACGCCGUGGUUGGACAACCGUCACGUCGUGUUUGGACAUGUCCUGGAGGGGAUGGACGUGGUGAAGCAGCUUGAAUCUCAAGAAACCAGCAGGGCUGAUACUCCCAAGCAACCCUGCCGAAUCGUGAAUUGUGGUGAGUUGCCCUUGGAUGGCUGAGUUCCCGAGUAAAGUCAAUAGGUCAGUUUUGGCAGUUAAACUGACAAAUCCUCCUUUUCUUCUGCGGAAAACUUGAGCCUUUUGAUAGAGGGGUCCUUGAUUUCUGUUCAACUAGUCAACUUUAGGACACUCUUGAGGUCUUUUUUUUUGCGAGCAAUAAAUAUUUGUUUGGUGCAAAAAUAGAGCAAUAUAGGAUGAAAUGACACGGUGCUAUGUUCUUAUUUUUAGCGAUGAGUUUCAACAUGA